AGUCUACAAAUGAUGAAAACCAUAACUUGUGACGUGUGGAUUAGCUCUGCUUAGUACAUAGCAGUGUCUUCAGCAGUCUUUAGUGUCUUACCGUCUCUCAAGAGGUUACGUUCACUUAGUCGCAAAUGUACCAGUGUAUUUUGAUGUUUGAUAUUUCACCUAAUACUAUCAAUUGGACUUUCUUAAAAAUAUUAAAGCAAUAUCUUUUGAAGGUUAUGUUUUAAAUCUUGAAGUAUUUUUUGCAUUUUUUGGUAUUAAAACGUUAUUUAUUUAUAAUUAAUGUUUUAAAACAUUUUGUUAAGUGUUCGAUUAAGUAUAGCUAUGUGUGAUAAAUAUCUAAAAUAUGGACAAAUAACCAAUCAUAUGUAAAAACUGAGAUUAUGAGUAUUUUUCAUUUUUGGAGUAACUUUUUUUUGGAGUAAACAUACAUAUAUAUGAUCCAUUUGUGUAUGUGUAAUAUAAUUGCGAGGAUUGAAGGCCAAAGGUAGAAAUAUACAAGAGGAAUAAGUUUACGUUUGAUAUCAAUAAGUCAAUGGAACAGUGGAAAUGCAAUAGUAAAAUCCAAGUACUGAACGAUUCAGAAUCUUCAUUACGAAAUUCAAAAUUAAAUUCCUUAACAUUAGAAAGGAAAAAAGAGAAAAAAUGGACGUUUGGGGGAUUACUUAAACGUAUCUCGAAAAAUGAAGCCACUGAAAAUUCUAUUAUUAGAGAGUCUGGUGAAAAUCAUCAGCAACAAGCAGUCUCAGAUGUCAUUAAACGAGAAAAGAAUAAUUAUCAAGACAGAAUUUAUACCAAAAACAAAAAAAAUAAUUAUCACAAUUCUAUACCAUAUUAUGAUAUUAAUAUUAAUUUAAAUAAUAAAAAAAAUGUUUUGAAUAGUUUUCAAAAAAAUAAAAAAAAUCGUAUCAAAACUCGACUCAAAGCAAAGCGUGAUCAGUAUUGUGGGAGUAGCAGUUCUGAUGAACAAACUGAAUCGAGUAAUAAAAAAAAUAGUACAUUGCUACGAGUCCAAAGUGAAGACAGUAUUAAUUUAAAUAAUUUUAAAAAUGAAAAUAACAAAAAAACACGAGCAGCCAGAACUGAAAGGUAUAUGAAACGUCUGUAUCGAGAAGAUAUAAACGAAGGUAAUAAUCAUGAUUCAAUUAAAAGUAGAAUAACAACAGAUAUUCAGUUAUGUAAAAAUGGAAAAAAAUCUUUAUCUGAUACUUUGCCAUCAAGUUUAUGGGCAAAAAAUGAUACUUUAAAUCAACAGUCGUGUGUAAAAUUACCAGCACGUUAUUGUCCAUCAUAUUACAGUGAUCAAAAUCUUGAAAAUGUUUUUCCUAGAAAAGAUACUGAUGCUCCAAUUGAUUUACGUAAUAAUGAACUAUUUUAUAAUGAUAAAUAUACAUGGCCUCAAAACAGAAAAAAUAAGAUUACUUCAAUUAAACAAUAUAAAUUCUUUCAAUUGGAUGAUACGGGCAAUCAUGGAACGAAUAAAGAUCAACCUCCUACUCCUCCACCAAGAUCUUCGAAAUCACGGAUUUUAUUUUCUCCAACAAGAUUUUCUCUACAGCAGUCAGAUAUAGAAAAUAACGAAGAACAAAAUAAUCGAUAUCUUCAAUCGUUUAUUAGCAGUAAUAGUAGUAAUUAUUGUAAUUCUCUUGAUAGAGUACCAAAAAGAAAGCACGCAAAUUCUUAUCGUAAAAUAGAGAAAUUAGAGAUACCACCAAAAAAUCAGGAUAUUAAAAAAAAUCAUAUAGUUGAAGAAGAUCCAAUUAUUCCGAAGAUUAAACCUCGAUUACAUUCGAAUAUGAGUGGUACAGAAAAAACAUCUUUGGGUAAUAGAAAAUUAGAACAUAGAAGACAUUCAAAAAAUUUAGAGGAGGCAUUACUUGAAUUAGAAACAAUAUACAACAGUUUACGUUUAAGUGACGAGAAUUUACUUGAUCGUGCUGAACAACGAAGCAUGGAAGAAUAUAGAAACCGAGUAACAACAACAGCUAUAGAAGGAUCGAUAAAAAGUUUAUCGGAUACGUCGUCGUCAUAUGAGUUGAGUUGCCGUCAUGCGAAUUUCGAUCGGUGUCACGACUGCGACACGAGAUUAAAAGAUGACAUGGCUUACAGGCGAAUGCAUCAAAAUGAUAGACCACCUUCAAUAGAUCCCAGCCAGAGUUCAUUAUCGAAAGUCAGUUAUUUGACUGCAUCACCUAAUUUAGGCCAUAGGAACGUGGAUUAUUUGAUUGAUAGACCAAAGAGCCGUCGAGGAACACCAGAUUUAAUUUAUGAUGAUGUAGUUUUUCGCAAUAUAACUCACGCAAAUAAUACACUAAAAGUAGUGGAUCCGCAACCACCGUUUGGAAUUCCACUUGGACCAGUUACUGCUGCCUCUGAAAGUGAUUAUUUACAUGUUGAACCAUCACAUGAACGAGAAUCUCAGUCACGAUCUUUAUUUAUUCCAAAAUCGGAGCCAGAUAUUAUAACUGAUGACUUGGCAUUUCGAAGUCUUCGUGCAGAUAGAAAAAAUAUUUUUAAAGACAAAACAACUUGCACAAAUUUUUUAUCAACAAGUGAAUUUACUACAACUCCUAAAAAGAAACGUGCCGUUAGAUCAUUAUCUGCUGAUUUAUAUGGGAUUAUUGAAAAAAAUAGUGAUAAUCAUACUUGGUAUAAAAAAUACAUUAAAUUAAAUAAACCUUCAAAAUUUGUUAGAGAUUCUAAAAAAUCAAGUGAUGACGACGACGAAGAUGAACAUACUAAUACUUGGAUUCAUAAAAAGUUUUAUGAUAUUGAUAUCAAUGGAAAUCGUCCGAAAAGUAUGUGUCAAGGAAGAAUUCAAGUUUGUAUACCUCAAGAAGCGGAGGAGGAAGAAGAGGAAGAACCAAAAGAACAUAAUAAUUCAGAAGUAGAUCAACUGGAAAUUGAAAAUAAUAAACACGAAACAUCGUCAUCUUCAUGUAUUGAAAAGAAUACUACAAAUUAUGAAAGUAUUCCAGCGUUUAGUGAUCAAGAACUCUCAGAAUAUCAACAACUUUGUAGAGAUCUCGAAUGUUUAAUCAAAAAGACAUCAGAGAAAGUGAAAUAUAUGGAAACAAAAAACAAUAGUGAUUCAAGAAAAAAUUCUCUUUCUGAAUUCAUCGAGUGGGAAAAACUUUUGAGCCAAAACGACUCAUGUUUAGAGGAUAAAAGAGUCUAUGAACCAUUGAAAUUAAGAAGUACAGACGAAACAAAUACAGAAGAGAAAAACAGCAGUAAAGUUUGUAAAUCUUUACAAUCAAAUAGUGAAACAUCGGAUUCUCAGGAAAUUUUUUUGCCAACCGUAGAAGUAGAAAAUGAACAUCAAAAUAAUUAUGUUAAUGAAGAACAUGAUAAUAAUGGUAAUAAUAAUCUAGAUGAUAAUUAUGAAUCUUGUAAUAAUAAUAAAGAUUCUAAUAGCAAUAACAAUAACAAUGAUAAUUUAUUGUUUAUAAAUACAAAUGUAUUUGAUCAGACUUUAAAUACUUUUGAUGAAAUCAAUCAAGAUACUAACACUGUUAAUAAUUCAGACGAAAUAUCGUCGGAUGAAAAAAAAAAUUUCAAUGAUCUUGAACAGAUAAAUAACAGCAAAACAAAAAGUGCAUUUGCUAAAUCGCAUAGAGCUUCAACAUCUCCACCACUAGAGGAUCAUAAAGCCCUUAAUAACAUAAUAAAUUCUACAAAGAAUAGUGAAGGUGAGGAAAAUAGACACGAAUGUCUUCCUGUAAUGUACAACGCAUUAGCGAAAUCAAUGAAUGUUUGCUUUAUUACUAACUGCUUGUCAGUGUAUUCUGUUGUCUUAUGGCCUUUGUGUCUAACACUAUUGCUAAUAGCAAUAAUAGUUGCAUUGUGAAUUGUAAGAUAAGUGCUAUAAGAUGGUUGGAUUGAUAAUUUACAUGCAAGUACAAAUAAAACUAUAAAAUAAAAAUAGUUGAUUGACGUGAUAUGCAUUUUGUAAUAUAAUUGAAUUGUUAUACUUAUCUAUUCAUGUAUAUAAUGUCGCAGGUCGAGAAACUACUCAAUGAUGCGUUGGUGCGUUGUUGAACAAUGUACUUGUAUGCCACAGGGUGUAUUUCAUAAAAUAUUUAAAAAUUAACAAAUGGACCGUUGGAAAACUACAUAGCUGUUAAGUUUAAACGAACAAUAAAGUUGUAAUAAUUUUUUUGAAUAAAAUUAUAUUAUUCUUACCUUUA